ACUACAACUCCAACCCACUUUCCAUUCUGCGCUGCAGAGAUGAGGCUCUUCUGUGCUUAGAGGCAGGCAUGGAGUGGAGACCCCGGCUCCUGCUGCUGUGGCUGGGCCUCUGCAUCCCAGGACUCGAACCCCAAGAGUACGUCACUGUGGAGACCAGAAAGGAAGGACAGACCCUCUCUGUCCAGUGUCCCUAUAACCAAGGGCAAUACAGAAACCAAAUGAAAGGCUGGUACCAGCUAAGAGGUAGAACACAUUAUCUUUUAGUCAGUACCCAAUACACCACUCAGGGAGAUUAUCAAAAGAAGGUCACUGUUGAAAGAACCACGAUACAGGACGACACCGACAAGGGGGUUGUAAACAUCACCAUGAAGAUGCUCCGGAUGCAGGACGCAGGAAUGUACUCGUGCGCAAUAUUUUUCCGUAAUGACUGGUACCCUGUAAAGAACAUUCAAUUGUGGGUUUCUAAGCGUGUCCAGGAACACAGAGCUGUGGAGGGACAGAAUCUCACAGUCUGGUGUCCAUACAGCGCACGGGACUACAGCGAAAAGGGGAAAGCCUGGUGCCGAUACACGGACAAGGGAAAGUGCGAUGUUUUGGUCAGCACGUACGCCAGCCGUGUGAGCUAUCAAUAUCAAGGCCAGGCUAAAAGAACCACAAUACUCGACAACACUCAAGACAGGACUGUGGCCAUCACCAUGGAGAAGCUACAAGCAGGUGAUUCUGGUGUCUACUGGUGCGCACUUUACAACCCUCCUCACCUUUACCAACUACUUGAAGUUCAGUUGGCUGUUUCCAAGGGUUUAACUAUGGAAAACAUCUCAACUACUCCAUACACUGGCCCUGCCUUGAACUCCUCAACACCCGACUCCAGGAACGAUGGGGAACCACCGAACAGCAAGCUCCCCUUCAGUGUCAGCUCAUGGCUUAUCCUCCUGCUUGAGUUCCUGACCAGCAAGACACUGAUGGCCGUGACAACAGCUCUUCUCGUGAGAAGACGACUGUGCAGAGAGGAGGCACCCAAAGUAGUCAGAAGCCUUGAUUUCAUGGUGCCACAGAGCACAUCAAUAAGAGACGCCCACUACAACUCCAACCCACUUUCCAUUCUGCGCUGCAGAGAUGAGGCUCUUCUGUGCUUAGAGGCAGGCAUGGAGUGGAGACCCCGGCUCCUGCUGCUGUGGCUGGGCCUCUGCAUCCCAGGACUCGAACCCCAAGAGUACGUCACUGUGGAGACCAGAAAGGAAGGACAGACCCUCUCUGUCCAGUGUCCCUAUAACCAAGGGCAAUACAGAAACCAAAUGAAAGGCUGGUACCAGCUAAGAGGUAGAACACAUUAUCUUUUAGUCAGUACCCAAUACACCACUCAGGGAGAUUAUCAAAAGAAGGUCACUGUUGAAAGAACCACGAUACAGGACGACACCGACAAGGGGGUUGUAAACAUCACCAUGAAGAUGCUCCGGAUGCAGGACACAGGAAUGUACUCGUGCGCAAUAUUUUUCCGUAAUGACUGGUACCCUGUAAAGAACAUUCAAUUGUGGGUUUCUAAGCGUGUCCAGGAACACAGAGCUGUGGAGGGACAGAAUCUCACAGUCCGGUGUCCAUACAGCGCACGGGACUACAGCGAAAAGGGGAAAGCCUGGUGCCGAUACACGGACAAGGGAAAGUGCGAUGUUUUGGUCAGCACGUACGCCAGCCGUGUGAGCUAUCAAUAUCAAGGCCAGGCUAAAAGAACCACAAUACUCGACAACACUCAAGACAGGACUGUGGCCAUCACCAUGGAGAAGCUACAAGCAGGUGAUUCUGGUGUCUACUGGUGCGCACUUUACAACCCUCCUCACCUUUACCAACUACUUGAAGUUCAGUUGGCUGUUUCCAAGGCUCCAGCUACAAGCACAAGUCACACAACACCCAUCAUCACUACUAGCCCAGGAGCCAGCACACCAAGCAGCAGGCAUCCCUUAAGUGAUACCCUCUUCAUCAUCUUCGGUGUGGUCCUGGGAGUCCUCCUUGCCCUGGCACUUACCAGCUCAGUAAUACUGUACAUCAGGCAGAAGAAGAAGAGAGGAAAAGGUGGUGAACAAGCUGAAGGCAUCUAUGACAAACCUGGGAAUCCCACAGUGCUGCAGGAUGUUGGCAAAAUGGAAGAUCCCAAGGAUGACAAAGAGGGGACAUCCCAAGACCCAAAAUAUGCUAUCUUGAACUUUAAAUCCCAAACCAGCCCAAAUGAAUCCAUCUACGCCAACGUUGAGCCAAGUCAGGCUCCAGUUACACACAACAAUUUUCCUACUGAGCCUGUGGAAUAUGCCAUCAUUGCAUUAAAGCCAUUACCACCAGCUUCCAAAGAAUGAGCGCGCCCUGAAUUACCCAUUCUUCCCAGGGUAUAAAAAACUGAACUGGACUAAUGCUGGAGAUGGAUUGCAUCUGUGUAACUGCACACAGGGAACAGAGUUAAGUCAUUGCUAUAAUUCAGGGGCAGGCAAUUAUUUUGGGCAGAGGGCCACUUACUGAGUUUUGGCAAGCCAUCGAGGGCCGCAUGACAGGCAGCCCAGGGCAGAUAAAUAUUAAUUUUCUAAAAUUUUUAGGGGCCGUGCAGGCCAGAUAGAAUGGCCUGGCGGGCCAAAUCCAGCCCCCAGACUGCAUUUUGCCCACCCCUGCUAUAAUUGAAUAUAUGCAUUCAAAACCUGCCUCAUGUCAGAGGCCUGCUGGGAAUUUCAUCAGAAGUAGUUGUGCGGUGGCUCUUGGAGUGGCAGCUGGAGAAAGAUGGACUUUUUUUUUCCUUCCAAUUAAUUUAAUAGCAAUUCUACGGCCAUGGAUGGGGCAGAUUUUUCAAAACAUGCCCCGCUUUAGCUGGUGGGAGCCCAGUUUCACUGCAAAUAGAAGUCUUGAUAUGGUGUCUGGCUUUGAAGAAAAUGAAGGAAAUACCUGAGGAGUCAUCUAGAAGACCUACGGCUGGGCAAAUAUUUUUGCAAGCUUCCAAGCCCACUAAAGCAUCAUGUGGCUGAGACUCAGAGUCAAAUGCUAUUGGAUUCAUCUUCUACUUGGAGAGUGGGAGAAAAUGAGCAGUUAGCAACAUGCAGAUAGACUGAUGGUGGGUGCAACAUGUCUUGCUGAACAUACCUGCAAUAAAUAGCUUGAGCAUG